AUGGAGAGGCCUGAAGCUGUCGAAGCUGAAAAGGAUAGGAAGGGAAAAGCUCCAAUGAAUUACCAUCUAGAAAUCCGUUCUGAGAGGAAGAGCCAUGUAUCUGAAAAUUACAUGGGUAAGAAUCCCAUGAGUCGAACCCAAUGGAGGCGUUUCCAGAGGAGAAAACAUGCUGAGAGGCAAGCUGUUGUUGCUGCCAGACAGGCCGCAAAUGACCAAAUCUACAAGAAGAAGCGCUAUGAAGUAAAGGUCGAUUCAGCAGUUAAGCAACAAAUCAAAGAGUUUGUUGGUAAGCCUGACUUCAACGUCUCGAUUAAAGUCGAAGAUGUCGACGAAACUACUGCUGCAGAGAUGGCCUUACACAGGCCAACAUGUUAUUUCGUGAUGAACAAUGGUUCCAUAGAGAACCAAGAUGUGUUCUUUGAACGUUCAGAUAUGGCAAUGAGAGGCCAUUUGGAGCCUUUACUAAUAAGGGCUAAAGUCGAAGACGUGGCUAUUAAUAGAUGCUUCAAAUGUGGUGGUGAAGGUCAUCGUGCUGUUGAUUGUGGUAAGGAUUCUGUGACAUGCUUCAAGUGUGGCAAGAUUGGUCACAAGGCAAACAAGUGUGGAGUUGGUUCGAGUGUGACUUGUUACAAUUGUGGUGAACAAGGUCACAUUAGCACCAAAUGUGAUAAGCCAAAGAAGGAACAAGCGAAAGGGAAAGUGUUUGCAUUGUCUGGAGCGGAGGCUUCUACCGAUGAUAGGCUAAUCCAAGGUACGUGCUUCAUUAAUGGUACACCUUUGAUUGCUAUUAUUGAUACCGGUGCGACACAUUCUUUCAUUUCUUUGGAUUGUGCUAAGAGAUUGAAUCUUGUGUUAUCUGAUAUGCGUAGAAGUAUGGUUAUUGAUACACCUGCUAUGGGUUCUGUUUCUACCUCUUUUGUGUGUUUGAAUUGUCCUUUGAGUAUUUUUGGUAGAGAUUUUGGGAUUGAUUUGGUCUGUCUUCCGUUAGAGCAACUUGAUGUGAUUUUGGGUAUGAACUGGUUGGAAUUUAAUCGUGUGUAUAUCAACUGUUUUGACAAGACGGUUAUCUUUCGUGAGAUUAGUGUUAAGGAAGAUUUGUUUUUGUCUGCGAAGCAAGUUGGUGAAUCUGUUCAAGAUGGGGCUGAGUUGUUUAUGUUGUUGGCAACCUUAGAUGUGCAUGAGAGAAGGACCAUUGAGGAAUUGCCAAUAGUUUGUGAUUUUGCGGAGGUAUUUCCUGAAGAUGUAAGUGAUUUACCGCCGGAACGUGAAGUUGAGUUUUCGAUUGAUUUAGUUCCUGGAACUAGUCCUGUAUCGAUGGCUCCUUAUAGGAUGUCUGCUUUUGAGUUGAAAGAGUUGAAGAGUCAACUUGAGGAUUUGUUAGAGAAGAAGUUUAUUCGUCCUAGUGUAUCGCCG